UUUAAAUUUAUAUUAAAAUUUCCUCUUUACAAUAUUUUUCAUUCACAGAGAAGAUCUCUUGCUCCGAGCCAAAUUCUCAAAAGGAAACAAGGGUUUUUAGAUGACGAAGAAAUUGGGAACAAACGUAAACAGGUGAGACGGAACGGAAUCGUCUGUUUUGGUUUCCAUGAAAGCAAGCCUAGUAACCAUUGAAAAUUAUUAACGUUGCGACAGAGGCAGUAAAGAGUAAGGUCACCUGAGAGUUAGCUUGAUGUCUAAGGUUACACUUUAAGUUUUCGUAUUCCUAAACACGUAUUGACUACAUGCAGUGCGUUAACUUCAUGAUCAGAUCAGCUUUGGGAUCGAUAAAUUGUACAGGUGUAUGCACAGAUCAACCAUAAAGUUGACCGAACAGUGAACAACAGUUGUAGUUACUGUGUUUCUUUUUGACUCAGAAGUUCAAGCCUGGAUCAUUCAAAGCAGAUGAUAACCCUGAUGUUGACAGAAAAGUGCUUGCUCCACUUUCCACUCAAGCAAACCAUUCCUCAAACAGUGUUUCAGCUCAUGUAUGUUAUCUGUCUUCCUCUGUUUGUUUACAUGUGUGUCAUUAUUUCAUUUGAGUGUUCUCUUCAGUUACAAAUGAUUUAAAAAUGUACCUUGUAUAUCUUACUUAUUUAUAGUUAAAAGGUUGUUGUAUGCAAAGUUAAAUUUGUCUAAAAUGCUUAUCAAGAGAAUGCAAUUUGAAGUGAUUCCCAUGUCCUUUUCACCCUAACAUCAAUAUGCAUAUUCUCCAUACUCUACUCUAUACAUUUCCUAAGGUGCUGAUGGGGAGAAUUUGUUUAACAAUCAAGAGCUUCUUUAGUUGGUGAUCAUUUCCUUUAUUCUCUUAACCUUAAUGUGUUAUUCAGGUGUGAUAUUGUAAGGAGAAAUUUGAUGCUGGUCACUCUUAAGGGUUAAUAGUGUUACUGUAAAUUGAAUGUAUCCACACAGGAAGAUUUAAUACGCAAGAUUCUUGCUAAGCCUUUCAAGGUCCCAAUACCAAACUACCAAGGUAAGGUUUGGUAACUAGAGUUUUGCUAUAUUAUAAUUCUAUCUAUAUUAAAGCAUUUUUAUUUAGCCACAGUCCACAUAAAUAGACUUCUUUUGAUUGAGUGUUGUAAAUUUAAAACCAAAUUAACCAGAACAGCUCAUCAAAUGGAAUGAAAGAAACUCAAAGUACAAACAAGCUAAUUUUGCCCACAGACAAAUUGCUAUCCAGCAGUUAAGUGUUAACAAAAUUUACUUCUCUAUUCAUGGGAAAGAGAUUAAUCCAAUACUGUGCUUUUUUAUUGCAAUUGAAAAUUGCUGUUUCACAGGAUGCACCUUCUCAAGAGGGCUUGGUAUCAAAAGGAAAGGACCUCGUACAGCUCUUCAUGAUCCUUUUGAAGAUGAUGCUCUUGUACUCUACUCUCCUCCUCAACUUACAGCUCAUGAAAAGCUCACAGCAGACCGGUAAGUAUGGAAUUAUAGUUUGCAUAACUUUUCAGUGUCUUCCUAUAGUUAUCAGCUAUACCUGUAUAAAUGGCAAUGAUUCAUUGACAAGGAUCAAAAGCUAGUUGAACGUAACUAUGUUAGCUGGCUUAUGGUGGCUGCCUGUGAGAUAAACUUUAAUUUACACAUUUUUGGAAGGCACUUAAUUUUAAUUAUAAGGGGCUGCCUUCUUGUUGAUUUUUUCUUCUCAAAAACAAUACCUUGUCUUUAACAGAGCUUGAUAUUCUCCUUUUUUUGUUUCUUCCUUUGAUCAAUUUUGCCACUCAGAGAGCUCCAGGAAGUGCAUGGUAAGAUUUACAUUUAAUAUUUUAACCCUUAACAUCCUAAUAUCAGUAUUCUCCAUACUGUUCUCUAUACACAUUUUCUAAAGUGUUGGCAAGUAGGAUUUGUUUAACAACCAAGAACUUCUUUAGUAGAUGAUCAUUUCUUUUAUUCUCGUGACCUUCAUGUGUGAUUCAGGGGUGAUAUUAUAAGGAGAAAGUAGCAGCUAAUCACUUCUAAGGAACAAAGGGUUGAUGCAGGUUCAUACUUUGGGGUUUAAUUUUUUUUUUCUUGGUGAUGUGAUAUUAUCAUACCCGAAAUUGAAGUUUAGAAACAUUACUGGGAAUUAAGCUUUUUUUGUUCUGUUUUCUUUUUUAAACAGUUGUUGUUGAUCCACUGCUGGGUAAAAUUCUUCGUCCGCAUCAGAGAGAGGUAAUAGCAAGUACUAGUUUUAGAGAAUUUGCAUUGCAUAGGAGCUUGCCUAAAAUGGUAACUCCUGAAUGGUUGACAGGCACCAAAUCUCCACCUUGCAAGGAAGUGAUUGAUGAUGUUGUCAUUAGCUUUAACUAUAUUUUUUAGUCAGAUAUGAAAUGUGUUCUCCUUAAAAAAAAAUAAAUGAAGAUUAUCCAAUUUUUUUUUCAAUUUUCUUUUCUAUUACCCAUACUAGUUUUAAAGAGUGCAAGAUAAAAUUACUCAAAGAUGUUUCAAUUUUUCUAAAUAAUUUUGAAAGCAACUGAAAUUAUAGUAAUUAUUUGUUUUAAAGGGUGUCAAGUUUUUGUAUGACUGUGUAACUGGCCAAAGGAUUCAAGGCAGCAAUGGAUGUAUAAUGGCAGAUGAAAUGGUAAGUUUAAUAACAUACAAGUCCAACCAUCCCUAUGUGUUUUGUUUUUAUCAUACUUUUGAGCUAUCACUGUGUACUUGUGGUUUGGUCACCUCUAGGAUUUAUUUGGCUUUUUGUCACAUCCAGUCUUUGAUCCUUUGUUUGAGCAAGGAGCAUGGGUUCAUUUUCUGAUUAGGAGCUAGGAACCUUAGACACACAAGAGUAAAUAAGCUGAGAGUACACCUGAAAAGGGUAUGAAGUACACAGUCAGCUUUAUUUACCAACAGAACCCUUUUCAUGAAGUUGUACAGUGUCAGUAGUUAUCAGGAUCAAGAAAAAUAUUUUUAGUGACUGGUUUUGUGAUUACCAGUUGCUGGCUUAUUUUGACAACCUUGAGACUAUAAACUUUAUUUUCUUUCAUUUAAAUGCACAUGGUCUAGUUUUAUAUGGUUUCAGUUUAAAUGAUUUCAAACUGUUUUGAUUUGUAUUUUGCUUUAUUUAAUGUACAUAUAUCAAGGACAGAGAACAAGUUUAAAAUCAUUUUGACUAUACAUGUACAAUGGUGUAAAUUCAUUUUCAUUUAAAUUACAAUGAAACUUUUUAACUUAAAUGAUAAUAGUAGUGGUUGAUUUUUUUUCCAGGGGUUAGGAAAAACAUUACAAUGUAUCACUCUGAUUUGGACUCUGGUGGUAAGUACAUUGUCCAUAACAUAGGUUUAUUUAUAAUUUAUAUCAUAAUUAUUAUAAUUAACUCACUCUAGCUGCCACAAUGCCACAUGUUAUGUUGUAACUUAAUCCACUAAUUUACUCUUUGCUCUUUUAUCUUUAGAAACAAGGGCCGGAAGGUGAGGAAGUACUUAAUUAUUAGGCUUAUGUUUAACCUACAUUGCUUUGUCUGUCACUAUUGUUAUGUAAACAAGAAUAAAAAAUUUUUUGAGCUUCUCAAAUUAGUUCUAGGUCCUUGAUCUUUGAUUCUUGGUACUUGAUUCUCCGUCCUUGAGGAUGGAGUUCUAAGGCAAGACUGUCAACUUUCCUUUUGAGUAGCACUGUGCCUCUGUGAUCACUUCUUGUCUGUAUGAAUUCACUGGGUGAAGUACUAAUGUUUUUGCAUGAUUGAUGUUUAAUGCUCUUGGGUUCUAACCUGUAUCCAGGGGUUUUGACAGCAGUGGUGCAGCAGGUCGAUCUAGCGGUACAUGCUUGGGUACUGGCUUCUAGCCUUUACACAAACUUCAUGGUAUUCUAGACAUAACUUUGAUCCUCUGCAAAUUUGUUCAAUUUGAUUGAAUUCCAACAAAGUAACAUGAAUUGGAAAAGACCUCAAAUGACAGGAUAACACUACUGCAAGAGUCUCCAAUUUUUGCAAGGAAGGUGGAACCUCUCGAGAAACAGGAAGCCAUUGAGGCCCUACAAAUCCACAUCCCACCCACUAUUCCAAUAUACUCAUUUCUACCAUAUGUUUAUGAAAGAACUAUGUACAAUACCAAUUCCUCUUCCAUCCCACAUGUAUGACAUGUACCAUGCCAUGAAAUCAGCUUGUACCUGUGUUUUCUGAUCAGACACUUCAGUUUUCCAUAAACUUGUUCAUUUGUUUCCAUGCAGGUCAGCCAAUAGCCAGCAAAGUGGUAAUUGUUGCACCAUCAAGUCUUGUGAAGGUACAGUUUUAUAAUUUCACAUUUAUUUUGUUAAUAUGGUUUCAUUCUGUCUCUAAGUUUCUUAAAGGAGCUCAAAAUAGAAGUGAAUACUUCAAAAUGGUCACCUACAUGUACAUGUAAGUAGUAGCCUGCUGAGAAAUGUAUUUUUGGGGAGCAAACACUGAUUACUUUGAUUAACCUGUCAACUCCCAGAAGUGAUUGACUUGUAACUUCUCCUUACAAUAUCCAUACAUUAUUCAGUAUACAGGUAAUGAGAAUACUGUAUCAGCUGGAGGAGAGAAUUAACAAUCAGAUUGUGGGAGUUAAAGGGUUAAGGGUAAAGAUUCAUCCACCAUUUUUAGUUUGUAACUUUACUGAGGAGAGCUGGUCCACUGCAAAUACUGAACAUGGAAUGGUAAGAAGUGAUCAGGGCUUGAAGGGAAAAAAAUUAUCCUGUGGUUUGAGAAAGUACCUUUUUUCAAGUGUCUUUCCCUGUGUAGUGCUUUAAUUAAACCCUUUCACCCCCAAAAACCCAUUAGUAAUUCUCCUUACUGUCUGCCAUUCAAUUCUUAUGAUGUUAGUGCAGAGAAGUUGGUAUUGGAUCAACUAAUAAUCCCCUUAUGGAUAAUAGGGGGAGGGAUUUGGUAUUGAUCACCCAUGGGAGCUUAAGGGUCAAUAAAACCCAAUAUAUAUUGGAGCUCUGUAAGAUAAUCUAUUUUAAUUGGGAAACUUUCUUUAAAAUGUCUUUCCUUACCAGUACUUGAAAACAAAAAACUGCCGGGGGUUGGAAGGACUAAGCUUAGAGAACGACUUUGCUAAAUCCCUUCAGAAAUCCAAGUUUCAGACUUCUGAUUUUCUGGUUUCAGAACUGGUAUAAUGAACUUCACAAGUGGCUUGGUGGUAGAAUUUCUGCAUUGGCUAUAGACUCUGGAACCAAAGAUCAAAUUGAUAAAAACCUUGGUAAGACUUUGAAAGAGUGAGGGGAAAAAAAAACCCCUAUUGAUUACUGAUAGAAUGUUAGAUUCUCCUUACAAAUUGUCUUACAUUCCUUUUCGAAACGGUGGGAGAAGGUGUUACAUUGGAGGUCAGUUUAGGCUUUUGCACAACCCUUUUUUUUUUUCAAUUUAAAGAUUUGUUAUGUUACUUUGUAUUUGUAUGGUUUAAAAAUUGAAGUCCUAGUUUUAGUUUAGAGAAGACAUUUCAACUUUUAAGUUAAGUCUCAUUGUUUUCUUAAAGCAUUUGUUCUUUUCUGAUAUUUUUAGGAAUGUUUAUGUCUCAGCAAGGGAAGCGUACAGCAAACCCUGUGUUAAUCAUUUCAUAUGAAACUUUUCGACUUCAUGCCUCUGUGUUACAGUCUGGACCUGUAGGAUUAGUCAUCUGUGAUGAGGUGAAAAAAAUUAAUUAAAUUUUAAUUAAACUACUGAUACAGCUGAGAUAACAUAUCAUGAUCUGUUUGUGCAUGAAAAUCUCAAUGUAGAUGUAUGUUUUACUUGAUUUCUUGUGAUGCACUUUACAUCGUUAGACACACUGUAAGUUCAACUGGUAUUUUUCUCUUCUCUUUAGGGACAUAGACUAAAGAACUUAGAGAGCCAGACAUAUCAGGCUCUUGAUAAAUUAAAGACAACACGAAGGGUGCUUUUAUCAGGUGGAUAGAAUACCUCAUACUGUCAUAUCACAGUUAAAUAAUAACUGAACAGAAAAAUCCUGUUCUGGUUUACAACUUGUAUCAAUAGUCUGAGCUCUCUCAACAGGUACCUGGAAGCACACUCAGUUCUUCCUAUUUAACCACUUAACAAAAUUGAAACCAUUCUUGUAUGAACUCUGUAUUUUAGAGCAUUCCUGUACAUUGUUUGUUUGUUUUUUUCUAGGUACCCCAAUUCAGAAUGACUUAUUGGAAUAUUUCAGUCUUGUUCAUUUUGUAAAUAGUGGAAUUUUAGGUAGGUCAUUUAUUUAACUUGUAUCAAAUGAAUAUAAAUUUGAUGAAUGCACUUGUGUAUUAAACCUCUUUUAAGCAGAUAUCCUGAGAAUAUGAAAGGACAAUAACAAAAAGUUUUUUACUGUAGCUUGUAGGCAGAGUGAGAAAUUGUUGUUAAUUUGCACUGCUCCAUGAUGUGAACACAAACAUGGAGACAUUGAAAUGAUGAAGUAAUCCUCAGAUUAUUUUAUUAUUAAUUAUAAUUAACAAUUAUCCACCACUAUUAACAACACUGGGGGAAGUAAUUGUUUUGGUGUAAUACCACGCAAAUACCCAAAAAAUAGUUUGUUUCUUUCAAUGUACCAAAAAAUGGUCAGAAUUGAAAUUCUUGACAGGCACUUUUGUCUCAUUGGCUGCAAGAGAUGAAUACUCUUGAACUUUCUCUGAAUACUCUGAACUAGCCAAUCAGCAUGUGUGAAAAGCACUAUUCACCUGUGUGGUAUAUACUAAGCAAGGUUUUUAACCCUUUACGCCCAAGUAUCAGUAAGCACGGUCUCCUUUAGUACUGAUCCUUACAAAAAUUUAUUACAGGCACAGUAUCAGAAUUUAAGAGAAAAUUUGAGAAUCCUAUUCUGAGAGGGAGAGAUGCUGAUGCUUCUGAUGCAGAUCACAAGAAAGGAGCAGAAAAACUGGUGGAGGUAAAACCAAAAAUAAUCCUAAUUAUUAAUUAAUUAGAUACUGUUCAAAGUGAGGAUUUGAUCUUGCAUUUCUGUAUUAUUUUAUAUAUAUUCUUUGGUAAAUUAGAUCAUCAGAUUCAAAUUGAGGAAUUUUCAACUCUUUGCAUUUCUUUGUUCUGAUUUCAUUUUUUAUCAGCUCAUAUUCCAAGUCACCUUUUAUGGAAUUGCAUUGAAAUUGGAAACUGAAAAUUUUUGGUUAAAGUAUUUAAACAUUCAGGCUUAAUGAAAUUUAAUGAAACAAUUAUUCUAUUCCUGCUUGUUGGGUAUGAGAUUGGUUAUAGCCAACUUGGCACUACAAUGCACACUUAUGGAAUAAUUGUUGAAUGCACUAUUUGAAAGUUUACAAUAACGUCUUAGUUAUAUGCAGAUCUUGGUGGCUGUUGUCAAAAUUUCACUAUACAGUUCUCUUAUUUCUCCCACUUUAUACUAAGGGCUCUGUUUUCUCAAUGAUAUCUUAAAUUUUGUAUAUUCUUUAUCUUACAGCUUCAAUAUUGUCCAAAUACCUGCCAGUUAAAGGUUGGUCUUUUUCUGCAUUUUGUUUUUUGUUUUUUGUUUUUUUGUUUUUUUUUGCUUACUUAUGAAAGGUGCAAGUAGGAAAAGGAAAGAUAAAACCUUUGAUGCAACUUUUUUUUCUGAAAAGUGAUUGCUGACAUUUGAUUCUGUUCCUCUAAAAUUCUGGUCACUGUUAGUAUCAUUUUAAACCUUAAUCUAACACCACCAAGAAAUCUAUGAAACAUGUGGACACUUUGUUCCUUCGUUUAGCUUUGUGAAGACUUUUUUCUUCAUUUCAAUAACUAGAUAACAUUUUAGAGGUUUAGUGACAUUUUCCUAUUUCUCCUACAGUUGAACAGGUUGUGUGUUGCCACAUGACUCCUUUGCAGACAGAACUUUACAAACAUCUUAUUCAGUCAAAAGUGUUGAGAAUGGAGCUGACAAAAGCAAAGUCUGCAUCUGGAAUGUCUGCAUCAUCCCUAGCUUUUAUUACACAACUAAAAAAAUUGACCAAUCGUAAGUAUAUACUGUUUAGAGCAAUCUUCAGUUGAAUACAAUCACGUGAUAUAAGAUUGAUUCAACAAAUCAAUCUCAGUAUUUUAACAUCUGUGCGCCUGCCCCUCCCCUAACCCAACUGUAACCUUAACAAGUGAUCAGUUAUAUGUUGUUGGGUUAGGGGAAGGGUAGGUGCUCAGGUACUGACAUUGAUUUCAGUUAGUAGUCAUCAUGUGCAGUGUUGAAAUGUUAGUGACCUGCUCCAUUUUUGUCUCAGAUCCUGAAUUAAUCUAUGACAAGGCACAAAUGGGAGAAGAUGGCUUUGAAGGAAUACUGGACUUGUUUCCCAAAAGCUUCAGCCUCAAGCAGGUGCAGCCAGAACUCUCUGGUGAGUUGAAGUUGUUGGUAUCCAAAAAUCUGUUAGGCUUUUAGACAUGUAUGGGUAGGUUAAGAUGACAUGAAAUGGCAGAAAGCAAAAAUUGAAUUUUGUGUCAUCUUCUUGCUAUCUACAGUACUCUGUUAUUAUUUUGCGUAUUGCCCUUUGCACAAUCAGGAGCUUCUUAAAUUUGUGAUUACUUCCUCAAAUCUUUUUUGCUCAAGGAUGAUACUGUGCGGAGAAGUUAGAAGGCAGUAACUUCAAGGAUUAAAUAAACAAGAAUGUUUAGAUUAGCUUAUUUAAAUAAAAAAAUUCCUUUGUAUUAUUUGUCUUUUUUUCUGGUAAGAGGGUUGUUUUUUCAGAAUUUUAUUAUAACAGUGGUAAACAUCCUACUUAAACUCCAUUACAUGCACAUGUUUAUUUACAGUCCCCUCUUUGGUCAAGCUGAUUAAAAAUGAUUUAUCAUUUAUUGAUUUGUUGCCAUGAUCUUAUUUUGUUUCAGGAAAAAUGCAAGUAUUAGAUUACAUUUUAGCCAUGACAAAGUCUACCACUACAGACAAGGUAAGGAACUAGCUCAAACAUGUUUUAUGUCGACAGUAAUACUUACUAAUCUACAAUGCUGUUCAUACCAUAAUUUUCUGUUUUAAGAGCAUUGAUUGUUUCCUGGAAACUUGAUUACUCUCAUCAAUAUUUAAGUGCUCAUGGAUCAGUUGUAAGUGUUAUUAUGGAGAUAUGUAAAUAAAGGAUGUUAGUAUAACAUCUCUUAUUUUGCAUCCUACGAUUUUGAUUGCAAUUUGGUGUUUUUAAGCACAAGUAAAUUUUUCAAAGACAAAAAAAUUGCAUGAACCUGUGGGGCAAGUGCAGUUUGUAGUCUUUGAAAAAUUUACAAGUGCUCAUUACGCCAAAUUACAAGAGAAAUCAUGUUAUUACUUGUUAAUAAUGCACGUGAAAAAAAUGAUGAAGAGACAAGACAGACAAAAUUUUAUAAAGAUGUAUGUAAUUUACACUUGUGUUUCAACUUUGCGCUGAUGUUAGAUGAGAAUAUACUCAUUUUUAGCCAAUCAGAAGUAAUAUAUUAUCUUUUAUAGUGUUAUUGAUAUGUGAUGUACAAUUGUUUUACAACAGGUUGUAUUGGUUUCAAAUUACACUCAAACCCUGGACUUGUUUGAGAAACUUUGUAGACUAAGAAGGUAGGUUUUGCAUUCAAGUAAGUUGUCUAAAUCCAUUGACCAUGUCACUCAUUUUGUGAAGAUAUUUUAAGUUUUCAUUUGCUAACAAACUGUUAGAAAUUCAAAGUGAUCACUAAAGAUAUGCAGGUUUAAUAUGUAACCCUAGAUCAUAAAUGCAUUGUACAUUUUGUGUUAAGCUCGUAACCACCUGCUAGACAAGUUCAGUUUUAACAAACAGAUUCCAUGUUGCCAUGCAUCUGAUCAGUAAUAGAUCACAGAUGAUAUCAAAAUGUGGUAAGUCAGGACAAAAAAGUGGCAUAUGAGGUACACCCAGAGAUGAUGUCUUCUCCCUUAACAAGAUUAAAUAUAGUCCUGUUUUGGAAUGAUUUCUUCACCAAUUCAUGUCUUGCUACAGUUUAGAUCAUCACCUCCAAAAACAAAAAUUAUCACUAAUGGUUAUGGUAACUUUUUUCAGGUACCAGUAUGUUCGUCUUGAUGGUACCAUGUCUAUCAAAAAGCGGCAAAAGAUUGUUGACCGCUUUAAUGAUCCUCAUGUAAGUAGCAUUAGUACUAAUAAAAAUGACUGAAGCAUUUAUGGUUCACUUGAUCAGAUAGUGAUCUUUGGUACAAUCAAUCCAAUAUUAUCCUGAUUUUGGAAUGCUUUAAGAUUCAAAGCUUCAACUACAUAAUCUCAAGGAGAUGUCAAGGUAAUGUUACAGUGUUUCAGAAACCACUAACAGUGUCACCCAAAGGUUUUUCUUGCAUUUAACAUCAUCAAAGUAGGUCACAUAUGACUGUCACUAGUUAUACCUCGAGAAAGAAGUGUUACAGAAUUGUUUCAAUUAAUGUGAUUACAAAUCAGCUUGUGUAGCAUCACUUUCUUUUGAAUAUGAAAUUCUGAUUGGAUUGGAAAGGGAAAAAGCUAUUAUGUUGAAAUAAAUUCUUGGAUCACAACUGAUCGCCACUUGGUUGAUCAAAACUUUUGGAUCUGUAGAUAUGUGGAACUGCUGAUUUACAUGUACAGUACAUACUGUAGUUCUUAUAGCAAGUUAUGCUAUUUGACUCUAUGUGUAUGUUUGCACUUCUCUAUAAAAUAAUCAAUGUGGACAAAUUGGCAGUUACUGUUUUAAAAGUUAUUUAUUAAAUGUGCUUCAUUGUUUUUUGCUUUAGAGUGGUGACUUUGUAUUCAUGCUAAGUAGUAAAGCUGGUGGGUGUGGCUUGAAUCUGAUUGGUGCUAACAGACUUGUAAUGUUUGAUCCUGACUGGAAUCCUGCUAAUGAUGAUCAGGCAAUGGCUCGUGUAUGGAGAGAUGGACAGAAGAAAAAGGUUUGUUACAUAAUUAUUAUUAUUAUUAUUAUUAUUAUUAUUAUUAUUAUUAUUAUUAUUAUUAUUAUAAGUAUAGAUUUUAAAUUGAGCUCAGGUAGAACUUGCAGGGAAAUAGAUGGGCUAACUUCAAUAAGAGAGUCAGGUUUUUAACUCCUAAUUAACAAUUUAUGUGCUUGAACAAAAGUAAAAUUUUAAUGAGGCUUCUUUGGUGUCUAGCAGAGUGCUGUAUAGUUAUGGGAAGGUUGUGAAUCAAAUUUUAGGAAAUUAUGCAACAUUUGUAUUCUAAUGGUAUUCUAAAUGAUGUACUGCUCUUCUUUAGGUCUUCAUAUACAGACUGUUAUCGGUAAGUUCCACCAUAAAAUAUGACCCAAAGGUUCUUGAUACAAUAAUUCAAUCCCAAGCUUUAAUAAGGUGUUUCUAAGUUACAAAUACCCUAUUAAAUUAAUGCUGGAGCAUUAUUAAUUUCAUAGAAGGAAAAAUAAUUUUUUUUUAUACAAAAGACCUUACCCUUGCCCUUGAUUUAAAUCUGAGACUUUCAGCAUCUUGGAAGUGGCCAUUUAACCCUUUCACUCCCAAUAUCUUGUUUUAUUUAGUAAUUCUCCUUACUGUCUGCCAAACAAUGCUUAUGAUGUUAGUUUGGAGAAUAUGGUAUUGGGUCCAUUAAUAAUAGUUUGAUUGAUAUUUUCCUUUAAUCUGUUCACUUGUCUGCUGAUAUUUUGUAACUAAGAAAUUCUGUCUUGGUCACUCAUGGAAGUUAAAAGAAAAAUUAAUUUCUAGUAGAAAUUUUCUUUGCAAGUUCUCAAACAUGAGUUUGGGCAUGAUUGGCUUUAGUUAAUGAGAGGGAUACAAUCCUAACAAUAUUUUUUGUUUAUGAACAUAAUAUUUUUCAAAUUAAAAAAGGGGUGAGUUUCAAAAGAAACUGUGCUGCUGGAUCAGUGGGAGAGUAUAACAAGGUAAUUUAGUAUUAUUAAGUGAGUUGAUAAUGUAACUUGGCCACCAGCUUUGAAACUCUUUAUGGUGGCCAAUUUAUGUCAUCAACUCAGUUAAUAAUUCUUAAUUACCCUGUUAUGUUUGUUGCCAGAUUUUGUCACACUUGUUAAGAUCUUGUUGUGAGUAUAAUUAUUUUCCUAUUUUAGACAGGUACAAUCGAGGAAAAGAUUUUCCAGCGACAAGCCCACAAAAAGGCACUUAGCAGUUGUGUCGUGGAUGAAGAGGAAGAUGUAGAAAGGCACUUCUCAGUGGGGGAGUUGAAGGACUUAUUUCGUUUGAAUGAGGAUACUCUUAGUGAUACACAUGACAAGUAA